AUGUACUUUUUAUAUAUACAUUUAUUUCUAUUUGUUCUUUUACCUAAUAUAUUUUUAUCAUCCUCUCAUCACAUCCCCCCAUCCAAAUAUGGUCAUAACAAAUACAGCAGAAGUUAUGUCCCAAUAAGUUCAACACCUAUUAAACCAUUACCAGAAUAUUAUACCUUUGAAUUUAUAAGGGAUCAAUUAAAACAUAUAAAAGAAAUAAAAGAUGAAAUAAUAAGGAAUAAAUUAAAAAAUCACGCAUUAAUGAAUAAAAUAGAUAUACAAGACCUAAUGGAAAAGGAAAAAAAAAAAAAGUCCAAUGUAUUAAAAGGCACACUUGAAAAAUAUAAUAAGUACAAAUUAUUACUUGAUAAAGAUGAAGAAGAAAAAAGAAAAAAAAAUUUAUUACUAUUGGAAAAUGAUGAAGAAAAUACAGAAUAUUUCGAUGAAGUAGAAGAUAAAGAAGAAGAAAAAAAAAAUAAAAAAAAGAAAAAAUAUAAAACGGAUGAUAAUCAAAUUAAAAAAGAUGAAAAUACUUUUCAUAGAAGAUACAAAGAUAUUAGAGAAAUGAACAAACGCUUAAACGAUAAAGAAAAAUUAAAUCAAUUAAAUAAAAAGGAUUCCUAUAGGAAAUAUAUAAAAAAGGAAUUAUCAGAAAUUAAAUUAUUAAAAGAUCAAAUAAUACAAGAUAAAAUUGAAAAACGUCGAUUAAAAACGGAUAAAUUAAUAGAUUAUGAAUUAACAAAACUCUUAUUAAAAGAAGAAAAAAGACAGUUCGAAUUAUCAGAUGAAUAUAAAGAACAGCAAAAAAAAAAAAAAGCCAAAAUGUUAAAGUUAAAAAAAAGAAAAGAAAAGUAUAACAGGAUUAAAUUGUCUAUAAAAAAAAGUAUAAAGAAACAAUUAAGAAAUAUUAAAUUAGCUAUAUACAAAAUGUUGGAAAAGAUAUUUGAUCGUGAUAUGUGGGAUAAAGUAUUUUAUUUUAUAUAUAGGGUAACCUUUAUCGAAAUAAUUUUCAGAAAAUUAGAUUUAUGGUAUGAUAAAGCUGAAGACUCAGUAAUGGAAAAUGAAACGGGAGGUUAUGCCUUUUUAUUUGCAUGUUUGAUAGGAACCAUAGGAUUAUUAUAUUAUGCGUCUACCAUAUUUUCAAUGGUUUCUCCUGUAGCAUAUUUAAUUCUUCUAGUUUUUUUAUCUGGAUUUGUUUUAGGAACCGUAUUUUCUAUAUAUUUUAUAAUUACUGAAAAAAGUCCAUAUGCUGAAAAGAAAAGAUCUAAAAGAACUGCUUUUAUAAAAUCAUUAUAUGAAAAUAAUGAAGAUAAGAAAUUAGAUAAUUCUGAGUAA